AUGAUGUGCCAGCUGGCGCGCGGGGCGCAGAGCCCCAAACAGCCAGCUGCCCCAGCCCUGCCGCUGCUGCUCGAGCUGUCUCCCCGCCCUGGGGCCCAGCUUCCCUCCCCUGAACUAAGUAAGCCUGGGAGUCCGGUGAAGGAGCAGGAGCAGGGUCAUGCCCAAGCCACCCCCGAGGACCCCCUGAGCCUACACCCCUGCCACCACCCAUUCGGUGGCUCACCCCCAUCCCACCGCCCCGACCCCCAGGGCAGCAAGGAGCGCUUCCACUGGCAGAGCCACAACGUGAAGCAGAGCGGCGUGGACGACAUGGUGCUGCUGCCCCAGAUCACCGAGGACGCCAUCGUGGGCAACCUUCGCAAGCGCUUCAUGGAUGACUACAUCUUCACCUACAUCGGCUCCGUGCUCAUCUCCGUCAACCCCUUCAAACAGAUGCCCUACUUCACUGACCGCGAGAUCGACCUCUACCAGGGCGCGGCCCAGUACGAGAAUCCCCCGCACAUCUAUGCCCUCACGGACAACAUGUACCGCAACAUGCUCAUCGACUGUGAGAACCAGUGUGUCAUCAUCAGCGGAGAGAGUGGAGCUGGGAAGACGGUGGCAGCCAAAUACAUCAUGGGCUACAUUUCCAAGGUGUCCGGCGGGGGCGAGAAGGUCCAGCACGUGAAGGACAUCAUCCUGCAGUCAAACCCGCUGCUCGAGGCCUUCGGCAACGCCAAGACCGUGCGCAACAACAACUCCAGUCGUUUUGGCAAGUACUUUGAGAUCCAGUUCAGCCGAGGCGGGGAGCCGGACGGGGGCAGGAUCUCCAACUUCCUGCUGGAGAAAUCCCGCGUGGUCAUGCAGAACGAAAACGAGAGGAACUUCCACAUCUACUACCAGCUGCUGGAAGGGGCCUCCCAGGAGCAGCGACAGAACCUGGGGCUCAUGACCCCCGACUACUAUUACUACCUCAACCAAUCGGACACCUACAAGGUGGACGGCACCGAUGACCGGAGCGACUUCGACGAGACCCUGAGCGCCAUGCAGGUCAUCGGGAUCCCGCCCAACGUCCAGCAGUUGGUCCUGCAGCUCGUGGCGGGGAUCUUGCACUUGGGAAACAUCAGCUUCUGCGAAGAUGGGAAUUACGCCCGGGUGGAAAGUGUGGACCUCCUGGCCUUUCCCGCCUACCUCCUGGGCAUCGACAGCGGGCGGCUGCAGGAAAAGCUGACCAGCCGCAAGAUGGACAGCCGCUGGGGCGGGCGCAGCGAGUCCAUCGAUGUGACCCUCAACGUGGAGCAGGCGGCCUACACCCGCGACGCCCUGGCCAAGGGGCUCUACGCCCGUCUCUUCGACUUCCUGGUGGAGGCCAUCAACCGUGCCAUGCAGAAGCCCCAGGAGGAGUACAGCAUCGGUGUACUCGACAUCUACGGCUUCGAGAUCUUCCAGAAAAACGGCUUUGAGCAGUUCUGCAUCAACUUUGUCAACGAGAAGCUGCAGCAGAUCUUCAUCGAGCUCACCCUGAAGGCUGAGCAGGAGGAGUACGUGCAGGAGGGCAUCCGCUGGACCCCCAUCCAGUACUUCAACAACAAAAUCGUCUGUGACCUCAUCGAAAACAAGCUGAACCCCCCAGGCAUCAUGAGCGUCCUGGAUGACGUGUGCGCCACCAUGCAUGCCACGGGCGGGGGCGCCGACCAGACGCUGCUGCAGAAGCUGCAGGCGGCCGUGGGCACCCAUGAGCACUUCAACAGCUGGAGCAGCGGCUUCGUCAUCCACCACUAUGCAGGCAAGGUAUCCUAUGACGUCAGUGGCUUCUGCGAGAGGAACCGGGAUGUUCUCUUCUCCGACCUCAUAGAGCUGAUGCAGACCAGUGAGCAGGCCUUCCUCCGGAUGCUCUUUCCCGAGAAGCUGGAUGUAGACAAGAAGGGCCGCCCCAGCACCGCGGGCUCCAAGAUCAAGAAACAAGCCAACGACCUGGUGGCCACGCUGAAGAGAUGCACACCCCACUACAUCCGGUGCAUCAAACCCAACGAGACCAAGAGGCCACGUGACUGGGAGGAGAGCAGGGUCAAGCACCAGGUGGAGUAUCUGGGCCUGAAGGAGAACAUCAGGGUGCGCCGGGCCGGCUUUGCGUACCGCCGCCAGUUUGCAAAGUUCCUGCAGAGACCUCAGCACUCACCCCCAAGCUGCCUCAACACAGAUCCAGACCCCCUAAACCCCAGGUCUGCCCUUCCCGGCCCCCCUCAGCAGCCCGCCCCACCCCCACCCCCGUCCCAGGGGACUCAGGCCACCCUCCUGUCCAGGGUCAAGCACCAGGUGGAGUAUCUGGGCCUGAAGGAGAACAUCAGGGUGCGCCGGGCCGGCUUUGCGUACCGCCGCCAGUUUGCAAAGUUCCUGCAGAGAUUUGUCUGCAUCAACUUCCUAGAGCUUCUCCCUGUGGACACGCUUUCCACCAAGAAACCAAAACUCUUCCUUCUGGAGGAGAUGAGAGAGCGAAAGUUCGACGGCUUUGCCCGCACCAUCCAGAAGGCCUGGCGGCGCCACGUGGCGGUCCGGAAGUACGAGGAGAUGCGGGAGGAAGCUUCCAACAUCCUGCUGAACAAGAAGGAGCGGAGACGGAACAGCAUCAACCGGAACUUCGUCGGGGACUACCUGGGCCUGGAGGAGCGGCCGGAGCUGCGGCAAUUCCUGGGCAAGAGGGAGCGCGUGGACUUCGCCGACUCGGUCACCAAGUACGACCGCCGCUUCAAGCCCAUCAAGAGGGACUUGAUCCUGACGCCCAAGUGUCUGUACGUGAUCGGGCGGGAGAAGGUGAAGAAGGGACCUGAGAAGGGUCAGGUGCGUGAGGUCCUGAAGAAGAAGCUGGAGAUCCAGGCCCUGCGGGGAGUCUCCCUCAGCACGCGCCAGGACGACUUCUUCGUCCUCCAAGAAGACGCGGCCGACAGCUUCCUGGAGAGCAUCUUCAAGACCGAGUUCAUCAGCCUCCUGUGCAAGCGCUUCGAGGAGGCGGCGCGGAGACCCCUGCCCCUCACCUUCAGUGACACACUACAGUUCCGGGUGAAGAAGGAGGGCUGGGGCGGAGGUGGCACCCGCAGCGUCACUUUCUCCCGUGGCUCCGGCGACGUGGCUGUGCUCAAGGCCAGCAGCCGGGCUCUCUCGGUCAGCGUGGGCGACGGACUGCCCAAAAGCUCCAAGCCUACACGGAAAGGGAUGGCCCAGGGAAGACCUCGAAGGUCGGCCCCGGCCCCUACUCGGGCAGCCCCGAGGCCCCCCAGAGGCCCAGACCGCAACGGGGUGCCCCCCUCUGCCAGAGGGGGCCCCUUGCCCCUGGAGAUCACAUCUGGAGGGGGCUCCCAGCGGCCUCCUCGGGGCCCUCCGUCCUCAGCCCUGGGGGCCAGCAGACGCCCCAGGGCGCGGCCCCCCUCAGAGCACAACACAGAAUUCCUCAAUGUGCCUGACCAGGGCAUGGCUGGCAUGCAGAGGAAGCGUAGUGUGGGGCAGCGCCCUGUGCCCGGGGUGGGCCGGCCCAAGCCCCAGCCACGGACACACGUCCCGAGGUGCCGGGCGCUGUACCAGUACGUGGGCCAAGACGUGGACGAGCUGAGCUUCAACGUGAAUGAGGUCAUCGAGAUCCUCAUGGAAGAUUCCUCGGGCUGGUGGAAAGGCCGGCUACACGGUCAGGAGGGCCUCUUCCCAGGAAACUACGUGGAGAAGAUCUGAGCCGGGGGUCCCCCGGAGUCUGCUCGCCCGCCUGCCCGACGGGGGGGCCAGGCCCUGCCAGCGGGGGUCUCGCUUUCCUUGGCUGCCUUGGCCACAAGGUCGAGUCCUGUGGCCUCCAGCCCAGCCCAGCCCAGCUCAGCCCAGGCCCUGGGUCUGGGGGGUCACCAUUGCAGCCACCCCCGGGCCCUGGCCUCCCCCAUGUCACACCUGCUAGUCAAGUCCCCGUUUCCUCCUGUGUCACACGGAGCUGACAGCGGAACCUACCUCCCAGCUGCCUUGUGAGAACGAAAUGAGUCGAGUCACGUUGGCGAAGUGCAGGGCCCAGUCGGGGGGGCCUUGACAAGCGUGACUUCCCUCCUUCCCUCAUCACUGGGGCAAUAAACGUUUGCCAGGUGGAAACGGAAUUCACUUACU